AUUCGGGUCUUUGGCCACAACAGAACAAGCCCAAGUUUGACUUUAUACAUUGACAGAUCAAAUUGGAUUAUGAACAAAUCUGAAAAAAUCAUAGUGGAUCAAGAAGCGGGUGGUACUGCUGUUGAUCUAGUCGAAAGUUGCUAUUCGUCUGCUUCUUCUCAUCAUGAGGAAAUGAAUAAGCAAGCUCGUCUUCACCGUGGACUUAAAGCAAGACAUAUUCAAAUGAUUGCCUUGGGUGGUACCAUUGGUACUGGCUUAUUUAUGGCUUCAGGUAAAGCCAUCUCAGGCGCAGGUCCAGGUGGUUCUCUUGUCUCUUAUGGCAUUGUAGGUCUUUUGAUCUUUUGUGUCAUGAUGAGUUUAGGUGAAAUGGCUGCCUAUAUUCCUGUCUCUGGUAGUUUUGCUCAUUUUGCUAAACGUUUUGUUGAUCCCUCGCUUGGUUUUAUGCUCGGUUGGAUCUAUUGGGUCAACUGGUCUGUGGGUGUUGCUGUGGAAUUGACAGGAAUUGCCAUGAUCAUGGAAUACUGGGUUCAAAACGUACCUAGUGUGAUAUGGUCUAUCAUUUGUCUUGUUCUGCUAGUGUUUAUCAAUGUCUUUUCAGUCAAAGGCUAUGGUGAAGUUGAAUACUGGAUUUCAUUCAUUAAGGUCUUGACUGUGAUUGCGUUUAUCAUUGUUGGUAUCUGUGUCAACGUAGGCGCUACGGGUGGUCCGUAUAUUGGUGUCAGUAAUUUUCAUUUAGAAGAUGGUACUUUUCCUUUUGGUUUUCUUGGUGUCUUCAAUGUCUUCAUCACGGCUGCUUUUUCAUUCAAUGGUGUUGAAAUUGUAGGUAUUACAGCAGGUGAAUCUGAAAACCCUCACAAGACUGUACCAGCUGCUGUCAAGCAAGUCUUUUACCGUAUUGUCUUGUUUUAUAUCUUGUCUAUCUUGAUCAUUGGCCUUAAUAUUCCUUAUACGGAUCCUGAUCUUCUCAAGGGCUCUGGCAAUGUAUCUGUAUCUCCUUUCACGCUCGUCUUCAAAAAAGCAGGUGCUGCAUGGGCUGCCGAUUUGAUGAAUGCCAUUAUUUUGGUUACUAUGAUAUCUGCAGGCAAUUCAGGUGUCUAUUCCUCUAGUCGAACCCUUUUGGCUCUUGCAGAAGAUGGUGCAGCUCCCUGCGUUUUUAGACGCAUCAAUCGAUGGGGUAUUCCUAUCUGGUCUGUGCUUGCUACCUGUGCUGUUGGCUGUCUCGCUUUCCUGACCAGUUUGUUUAGUUCGGGUGUUGUGUUUAAUUGGUUGACGGCCCUUCCUUCGGUCGCGGGCUUGAUUGUUUGGGUGACGAUCUCUGUCACUCAUAUUCGAUUCCGUAUAGGAUUGAAGGCUCAAGGUAGAUCCUUGACCAGCUUACCUUAUGUGGCUCCCUUUUUCCCUUUUGCUGAUAUCUUUGUGAUUGUGGUGGGAUGUAUUGUGAUUGGUGGUCAAGGGUAUCAGUCAUUCCUUGCGCCUAUUGAUCCCAAGGAUUGUGUUUCUUCUUAUCUGUCUGUCAUGUUUGCUCUUCUUCUUUAUGGUGGUCAUAAAUUGGUAAAACGCCCCAAGUUUAUCAAGGCUUCUGAAAUGGAUUUUGAAACAGGCACAAUCCCACCGACUGUAUUUAAGGUUGAGGAAGGCGAUGUAGAUCAAGAUAAGCCUGUGCCUCUUUGGAAGCGUAUGUUUAACAAGUUGUAUCAUAUUAUUGCUUAG